AUGCGUCGUUUAUUUUUCAUCGCCGUUUCGCUGUCCCCUUUCCUUCAUACGAGCCAAAAUAUUCUACUGUUCAACGAGAGGUCGUUGUUUCAGCUGGAGCCUACAAUAAUGCCAGCCAGACAGUCGAGGGAUUUGAAUCUGCAGGACACUUACGCGGCCAUCGAGAAUUUAUUGAACCGGCACGGCUGGCGGGACGGUAGAGAGUGUCUGUUAAGGACCAUUUGCGAGCUCGCGGAGACACCAUUUGCCAGGACACGCGAGGACAUCCUCGAGGAGGUGAUCCACUUAAUUUUAACACCGAGCGAGGACUCGCCGGGGUCGGCUAAUUCCACUCACCGGAGCGUCGAUCAAUUGUAUCGGGAGGCGGAACGAUUGGGAAGAUCUGGCGGUGACUGCGUCCUGGCUUAUCCCGAUUGCAUCGAGUCACCCCUCGGAACGUUCACGGAGAUCGCGUUCCCUCAGGGGACGCUGCGUUUAAACGUCGGUCUCCAUUGA